UGCAGCAAAGCCGCUGGAGAGAGGUGGCCCAGUCGACGCAUCCUGCCAGCCCAAACAGAAGAAACUUUGUGCGAAGUCAAGACAGACGCAGGGGAACGCGUGUAGGGAGAGAAAUGCGUCUACCGAGCCGUUCCUGGGACGAUCUAUGGAUUACACCGGCUGCUUUUUAAAGUCGCUUUCUCGUGCGUAAAAAAGGCAACAUCUGAUUACCAGGACUGCGCCGAAGUUUUUCUGCCAGCAAAGCUCGUUUUUUGUUUUUUUGUUUUUUCUUUUGGAAAAACUUUCCCUUUGUAAGCAAGCUCGUGUAGAUUUAGAGAACCGAAGGAUACAUUUUCAUGCAGAUUGCAGAACAAAACAAAACAAAAAGUUCCGACUCUGAUUUCGAGACGCACCAAUCCGUCCGCUCGUUGGAUUGUCGGACACCGGAGACAUGAGACUGUUUGUCAUCUGCGCGCUUCUGCUGCUCAAAGUCACCCUUGGAGAUGCCUGUGCCAGCGGCCAGUUCACUGAGUCGGGGCAGUGUUGCAGUCUGUGUCCCGCGGGCUUUGGAGUGGAGGUAGAGUGUGGGAAAGAGGAUACCAAGUGCACACCAUGCCCACAGGGAAAGUUUUCCUCAUCUGAAGACCUCAGUGCCUGUCUCCCCUGUGGCAAGUGCCCGUACAGUGUCCCUAUGGUGAGCCCUUGCUCUGCCACCCAGGACACACAGUGUGAAUGCGACAGUGGCUACUUCUUUUUUAGCAUCCACGGCCUGUGCGCGCCCUGCUCCAAAUGUAAUCGCGGCGAGGGCGCUGUACGCGAGUGUGGCCUACAGGGGGACACGCUGUGCCAGAGGUGUGGCCCGGGGACCUUUUCUGAGGAGCUGAGGAGCACCAAGCCCUGCCAGAGCUGCACCCAGUGCUCCGACGGCGAGGUGGAGAUCCGACCCUGCCUGCCCAACUCUGACACACUGUGCAUGGAUAAGAAGCUGCACAUUUUAUCUCGUCCUCCUGUGGAUGGACCUGUUGAGGAGGUGACCAAAGCAGACGAGUCCAGUCCUCCCCCUGGAACAAAGUUUACCCCACAGGACCAGGGUGGCAACAACAAUAUUCUGGCCUACGUAUCAGUUCUGGCUGCUGUGGUGCUUGGUCUGCUUCUUUACGUGGCUUACAAGUGCUGGAGAUCAUGUAAACAGAAGCGGGCUCUGUCGAAGGCCCGUGCGGCCGAGCUGGGAACAUCUCCAGAGGGAGAAAAGCUCCAAAGCGACAGCGGCGUUUUUCUGGACUCUCACAGCCUUCAGGACAAUCAGCCCAGCAAAGGUACCAAGAGGGACAGCAGGCAGGACAACCGCCUGUACAUCAACCUGCCCCCCCACAGACAGGAAGAGGUGGAGCGCCUCCUGCAAGAAGGAGGGGGCCGGGGGUGGAGGCAGCUGGGCGCAGCGCUGGGCUACGAGCCCGAACAGCUGGACCUGUUUGGGCGUGGAGAGGCCCCCGCUCACACGCUCCUCUCUAACUGGGCCCAGAAAGAAGGCUCCACACUGGGACUGCUGUGUUCUGCGCUGGCUCGCAUCGAGAGGCCCGACGUGGUGACAGCUCUGAACUGCCCCGCGCAGGGUGUCUCUGUGGUCUGACAGCCCCUGAAAACACGCACGUGACACUAAAAGACUCAAGCGAAGAACUCUUGAUUUGAAUGACAAGGGAGGCACUCUGACACCAACACCUCUGUCACUGUUGGAGGCUGCCACUGAUGGUUCUGUUUGACUUCAGUUUUUACUAAGAGAACAAAUUAUUCACAUAAGAUUUUUAUGUCACCAUUUGAUUUUACAUGGAUCGAGCUGCAUAAAAGAAUCUCCUGCGAUGUGUCUGUUACUGCGACGCGACGACUCACCGUGCAGUAUGUCACAACCUCUCAACUCCACUUCUGAGGGAGCGCUUUUCAGUUCGGGCAAAGAGUCAGUGCUUUGCUCAGUGGACACUGCAUAAACCUGGUCAGAUUGGAUUAAACCUAAAAUGACUUCCACAUACCAAUAGGUACAUUUUUACAAUGUUGUUUACAUGCACACGAAUCCUGGCCGGGGUGAGUAUUUGAUUAGUGGCAGGAAACAGAAUCAUGUGUUUACACGUGUUGCACAAGUGUGAUUAUCCUGAAACCACUGUUUACAAGUUAUUUGGACAGUAAUCAGAUUUAUCCCCUGCCCCCGCUAUAAAGCGUCGGCCUUCCACGUACUAUUGUAAACAAAUAUGGACGCCUGAGAUCAUCAAGUUUGCAGCCUGGCUAGCCUUGUUUUAUGAUUCGCAGCUUCAGCAACCACUUUGGUAUGGCAGUUGAUUUUUGCCAAAAGGAGGCAGUUUCCUCCAGCGACACUGCUUUCCAACAUGAAGCGACUUUUCUCUGAAAAAGAAAAAGAAAAACUCCAUCCAAUAAUUUUCAUAGCCAAAUGAUCAGAAACCGAAAGCUUGCCAAUGAUGCUUGCUUGCUAUUUUCUUUCUAGGAACACUCAGUCUAAUGUGUAGAUGGGAUCUGCUCACUGGAUUGUUUUUAAAAUCAGUUGUCUUGUUCUGUCUGUUUUUUUUUCUCCCUCAUCUUCUCUUUCUGCUGCAGUCACUAUGUAGCCUUGGUAUUUAUGCACACUGAGGAUAUAUUAUGCACCAGUGAUGUUUCAUAUCCUAUCAGAAGACACAAAAAUAAAGCAUUCUGUGAAAUAUAAAAACACCUUUUCUUAGCUCUUCCUAAUAAUCAUCUAAGAUUGUAAAUACCUUGAAUAUCACUUUGUUUUUAAGGAGAUCAUGGCUUGAAGCGAGAUCAUUGAUGAUCUGUGAAGUAUGAAGAAACACAGCUCCAUUUAUGUCAUCUCGAUUUCUCAUAUUAGAUGCAGAAAGAAAAAAAUAUCCACAGACACUUUUACCAUCAACACCCGUGUCCACUUUGCCAUCUUGCCUUGUAUUUAUUUCAUCACCCGUUCCAAGUCUAUACCUAAAUAAAAUCUAUGAGAACCAUGGGCAUCUGCGGUGUGCUGGUGACGAGUACUGUGUGUGAUGGCCUGCGAUGGUUUGAUAUUUUUUUUAAUGCCAGCCAUGUGUGGCUUUGUGUAUAUAUUUCCAAAUGGUAUGCCUUAAUGUGUUUUUGUAAGAGUUUUAUUCAUUUAAUAAAUAACUUUGAU